AUGACGCAUUGGUUUCAUAGGAAUCCAUUAAAAGCCACAGCUCCUGUUUCUUUUAACUAUUAUGGCGUAGUCACUAGUCCUGCUGCUUCAAAAAUUUGCAGUGACCUGAGGUCAUCCAGGGCACGGCUGCUUGAAUUGUUCACGGAUUUGAACUGUAACCCAGAAAUGAUGAAGACUGCGGCCGAUGCGUAUUUUUCCCUUUUACAAGGUUUCAUAAAUUCACUGGAUGAAUCUAGCCAAGAAAGUAAGUUACGAUAUAUUCAAAAUUUCAAGUGGACCGAUACAUUACAAGGACAGGUUCCAAGUGCCCAGCAGGAUGCUGUUUUUGAAUUAAUUUCCAUGGGAUUUAAUGUGGCUUUAUGGUACACCAAAUAUGCCUCGAGACUGGCUGGCAAAGAAAACAUUACAGAAGAGGAAGCAAAAGAGGUCCAUCGAAGCCUGAAAAUUGCAGCUGGGAUUUUUAAACAUCUAAAGGAAAGUCACAUCCCGAGGCUUAUCACACCCGCCGAGAAGGGAAGAGACUUGGAAGCACGGCUCCUAGAAGCUUACAUUAUUCAGUGUCAGGCUGAGGCUCAAGAAGUGACAAUCGCUCGAGCCAUUGAGUUGAAGCAUGCUCCGGGACUGAUAGCCGCGCUGGCCUACGAAACAGCCAGUUUCUAUCAGAAAGCUGAUCAUACUUUAUCCAGUUUGGAGCCUGCGUACUCUGCUAAGUGGAGAAAAUACCUUCUCUUGAAAAUGUGCUUCUACACGGCUUAUGCUUACUGUUACCACGGUCAGACUUUGUUGGCUAGUGAUAAAUGUGGCGAGGCAAUCAGGUCUCUCCAAGAAGCAGAAAAAUCCUUUGCAAAGGCAGAAGCGUUAUGCAAAGAAUAUGGAGAAACCAAGGGACCUGGACCAACAGUCAAGCCUUCGGAACACUUGUUCUUCAGGAAACUUGGAAACCUUGUAAAGAAUACCCUCGAGAAGUGUCAGAGAGAGAAUGGGUUUAUCUACUUUCAAAAAGUUCCAACAGAAGCCCCACAGCUGGAACUCAAAGCGAAUUACGGCCUGGUGGAGCCCGUGCCUUUCGAAUUUCCUCCUACGAGUGCUCAAUGGACCCCAGACACGCUGGCUGCCUUUGACCUCACCAAACGGCCCAAGGAGGACAGUACCAAACCCAAACCGGAAGACGUGAGGCCUGUGAAAGAGCCGGACAUCAAACCCCAGAAGGACACGGGGUGCUCCAUCUCCUAA